CGCCACGGUAACUCUCCUGCGAGGGGGUCUUUUACCCGGGGCGGAACAAUCUAGAUAGAACGGCCGCAUUGAGGGCCUAUGGAUGGUGGUGCUGGUGGUGGUGGCCGAGGGCGAAGAAGAAGAGGAAGGGUCCAUCAACAUCGAAAUGCGCGGCGGCGAGCUCGCGCUGCGUCGAUCGAGUGAGGGGGCGGGAGGGAGGCAGGCAGAGGGAGGCAGGGAGAGAGAUAUGGAGAAGACUCGACGCAAGUACCUGGAGUACAUGUCGAGCGGCAGCUUGUAUGGAUGGGGAGAGGUGCUGAGCAGGUAUAUUCGGGCUCGGGCCAUCCCUGUGACAUCUUGAACUCCGUGUCGUUCUGAAUGUUCGCUCGCUCGCUCGCUCGGUCUCGAGCUCCUCCAAAUUCAAGCUCCUUAAAAUGAAAUUUGAAGAGCACGAUUUGACAUUCUCGUCUCUGACAAUCACAUCUUCAACCUUCUAGAUGGCGAUUCGAGUAUUAGGAGGAGAGGACGAGUCAAGAGAGCACCUUCUCUCCAUACCAGCUACCGAAGAAAAAGUAACGCAUGCGAAAAUCAGCAUUCAAGGUCUGGACAGGUUCUCCGACGAGGGGGUUCGGAUUCUUAUGAGUGUUUCUCUACAAAUCGGAGCAGGACAAAUCGUGGGGAUUAUUGGUCCAAGUGGGAGUGGAAAGUCAACUAUAUUGCGUGCUAUCAAUCGUCUAUGGGAACCUCCCUCCGGAACAAUAUUUGUUGACGGCGAAGACAUUACAAAACAGAGCGUGGUAUCCGUGAGGCGACGCUGUGGAAUGCUUUUCCAGACUCCAACAUUAUUCGAUGGCACGGUGGCAGAGAAUAUACGGUACGGGCCCAGUCUGGCAGGGGAGAAACUAACAGACAAGAGGGUUGAGGAACUUUUAAAAGCAGCUGACUUGGAUCCAACAUUUGGCUCUAAGUCUGUGAUCGGGCUUUCGGUCGGCCAAGCGCAGCGAGUGGCACUCGCACGCACUCUUGCAAAUGAACCGGAGAUACUCUUGCUAGACGAGCCAACAAGUGCGUUAGAUCCAGUCUCUACGAAGCACAUUGAGGAAUCUGUGUUAGACUUGAACCGCAACCGGGGCCUCACGGUGGUUUUCGUAUCGCAUAGUCUUGAACAGGUUCGUCGACUUGCGGAUGUGGUCUGUUUGGUAGCAAAUGGAGAAGUUCUAGAAGUUUUGAAACCGAGUGACCUUGCAAAUGCUACGCAUCCUGUCGUCCGAGAGUACAUGGCGGCUGCUAGCUAAGCAUUGACAUGCGUUUCGUGUACAUCAGACGUUAGGAAUUUUUUACGAUAAUGGUUUACCAUAAUGGCAUUGUCUGCUCUACAAAGUACACAGGCAAACCACUCUUCAACUUCUGUACUAUACAUGGUUUGUAAAAGGCAGACUAGAUUCGCAGCAAAGCUCCAAGAGAGGUUGGACGGUUGUAGCUUGCAAUCAUUCUCAUAAUCCAGAGACAAACAGAGGAGGUAGGACGAGGGUUAGUUUAAAAAUCUACUUCUCUCUAUAUGUACCGCUUGUAGCAGCAGCUUGUGAAGUAUCAUACUUUACUUGUUCUUGCGCACCUAGCUUGUUGGGGUUCUUGAUUGCUGCAACUACUGCACACGGCACCUUGGUGAUUUUUGCCAAGCCUGAGGUACAUUGCAGUUCGCGGCAUUGAUCAACAGAAUUUCAGACAACGUAAAGGUGACCAUCAGAAAGAUAGUAGGAGACAGCAGAAAGUUUGCUCUUAAUUGUCCAUUACAAUUGCUUACUGCGAAAAAGUUGAUGUAAUGAUACACCAUGCAAGUUCUAGGAGAGUUCUAGUUCGGUGUUGUGCUACCAUUUUCAAAUAAUACUUCAUGUCUAUCUGGUGUUCAGAACGAGUUUGUAAAAUACUGGCAAACUUGAAGCAGUUCAAUCCCUGUUGGGUAGACGCUAUACGACGCGA